UUAGAUUUAUCCCAAAAGCAGAUCUUGCAGAACCAUAACCAGUCAUGUCUGGAGUCAAAGGAGGACAUUGGCACCAGAAGACCCAGUGCCAGGAUCCCUGCAAAGAUCCCUGCCAGAAGCAGAACGUGUGCCACGAUCCUUGCCAAAAGCAAAGCGCUUGCCAUGACCCUUGCCAUCCAGUGCAGCAUUGUCAUGAUCAGAGCCCUUGUGGGAAGAAAAAAGAUCCAUGCAAUCCCUGCUGCCCAGAUCCCUGCCAGAGCCAAGGGAAACAUCACUGAUACCAGGUGGAUGACCGCGCACGUGCACAUCUGACUCACUGCCUGCUUAGAAUCACCUUCUUGUAAAUGUUUAAUGUAACAUCUUCUCUGAUAUUCUGUGAUUCCUAAUUAUUUGCUUUAAAUAAAUGUUUAUGACCAAGA